GUUUCUAAACCAGAAGAGCAAAUUAUGAGUCUGAUGAAAUCUCUGGGUGCUUCGGCGGUGGUGAACUUGCCCACCGCCGCCGUCACCGCCACCCAACUCCAUCACCAUACACAUUCUUUCCCCUUCUUGUCCUUGCCACAGCAUUUGCCCAUGCUAAACUCCACCACCACCAGUAUCAGCUGGAGAACAACCACCUCCGUCAGGAAAGCUGUCGCCGCCGUCGAUUCCUCCGACACCGUCGAAAAGGAAAAAGAGAGUACCAAGACAUACCAUUUUGUGGUCGCGAAUGCAAAAUUCAUGUUGGAUGAAGAAGAACAUUUUCAAGAGCAGUUGUUUGAAAGGGUUCGACUUUUCCAAGAGCGAAACAUGGAGCAGGAUUUUUGGCUCGUUAUUGAACCCAAGUUUUUAGACAAGUUUCCGAACAUUACAAAGAGACUCAAGAGACCUGCCGUUGCGCUGGUUUCCACCAACGGAACCUGGAUCAAGUUCAUGAAGUUGAGACUGGAUCGAGUUUUGUUAGAAAGCUUUGAAGCCGAGAGUGUUGAAGAAGCAUUGGCAUCCAAUCCCGUUGAUAUAAAGUUCGAGAAACCAGAUAAAUGGGUCGCGCCAUACCCCAAGUACGAGUCCGGUUGGUGGGAAUCGUUCUUGUUGCCAACCACUCAGAACCAAGAAACGUGAUAUAUAAUCGGUAAGCGUAUGCACGGUGAAGAUGGGUUUAUGUCGAAAUCUAGAGCUCAUGUGAUGCCUAAAGGUGUCUAAAUGAUGGUUGUAGGACCAAGUAGGAAGGUGUGUAUGUUUGAGGUUAUAAGAAUGCUAUGUACCAUUUGGCAAGUUUAAACUUUGAGUUGAGUUUACACCUUUUUGAAUGCGAUUCUUUUUGUCGUCUUUCGGC